GAGCCGGCUGAGGCUUUCAGUGUUACUGACCCACAUCAAGACUCUUGGGUAAUUAAGUAUUCAGGCUGGAAUGGUGAUGGGGUGGAGACUUCAUGGAGAAUUUCUAUGAGUGGGCAGGUUGUGUACUCAGUGGAACAAACUCUGAUAGAGUUAAGUAAGGGGCUGACAAGAGAAGGUGAGCUUGGAUGGACAAGGGUGCAUCUAUGGUGCAGAGUAAGGGCCACAUACAACUUGUUAGCUGAGGAGGGAAUUCCAGAUUGGAGGUUCAGGGUGGUGCUUGAUGACAUUAAGGUCCUGUUAUCUGGUUUUCUGAUUUGUGACAUUAAACUAUGCCGGGAGCCGGCUGAGGCUUUCAGUGUUACUGACCCACAUCAAGACUCUUGGGUAAUUAAGUAUUCAGGCUGGAAUGGUGAUGGGUUGGAGACUUCAUGGAGAAUUUCUAUGAGUGGGCAGGUUGUGUACUCAGUGGAACAAACUCUGAUAGAUUUAAGUAAGGGGCUGACAAGAGAAGGUGAGCUUGGAUGGACAAGGGUGCAUCUGUGGUGCAGAAACAGGGCCACAUACAACUUGUUAGCUGAGGAGGGAAUUCCAGAUUGGAGGUUCAGGGUGGUGCUUGAUGACAUUAAGGUCCUGUUAUCUGGUUUUCUGAUUUGUGACAUUAAACUAUGC